UCCAUUAGCAAAAGUCUUCUUGUUCAUUUCAGCUGUCACGCGGGAAUGAACACGCUCGGCAGAAAUGAUGCAUAUUUCAUUUUCGUUCUAUGUGCAAUUUUAUUAGUCCAAGUCGAAGGCCGUUCCUUUCGGUAUAUUACUACUGUUAUGUCAAGUGGUCAAUCGGUUUCAGACGGUGUUGAUCAUCAUCAUCAUCAUGAUGUUGGGUUCAACCAAAGUAAUGGAACGAUCAUAAGCUCCUUCCAUCUUCUCAAAGCCGAGUCCAACGAGACCUGCGAGCAACUGUACGGGUUCUUGCCGUGCUCCGACAGUGUUUACGGGCAUGUGUUCUUGAUGGUGGUGUAUGAGUACUUGUUGUUCCAAGGAGAGUCGUACUUGGCAGCCGGAGGGGAGCAGAUCUUCAAGAUUCUGGGUCCUGGUGUUUUCGGUGCCAGUGCUUUCCAUGUCCUUGGCGCCCUCCCGGAGUCGUUGUUGCUUCUUGCUUCUGGGUUCUUUAACACCAAGGAAAUUGCUGAAGAUUAUGUGUACACUGGAGUCGGGUUGCUGGCUGGAACUUCAAUUUUGCUCCUAACAGUACUUUGGGGAACUUGUGUGAUUGUUGGCCGGCAACACUUCACAAGUUGUAAUGAUGCAAAUUCGUCGACAGCUUUGUCGUGGGCAAGAACACCUGCAUUAUUGACAAAUUGUGGUAUUACAAUCGAUUUGGAAACCAGCGUCCUCGCAAGAAUUAUGAUCUUCUCAGUGAUUCCAUUUCUUAUAAUGCAAAUCGCGAAUAUCUUCCACUCCAUUUAUGUUGAAAACAUUUUCAUCUUGGUUGCUCUCGGCGUUUCUAUUAUAUUCCUACUGUUGUACUUCAUCUAUCAGGUCUUCCAGCCCUGGGUUCAAAAGAGAAGAUUAGAAUUUGUGAAACAUGGCAAUUUAGUAUCAGACAUUUUACAACAUGUGCAGAAACAUGCACUAGGGAGAAUCCUUACAGUCCAAGGAGCACCUAAUGUACGUGUCAUAAGAAGGCUGUUUGAGGAAAUGGAUGAAGAUGGUGACGAUCAUAUAUCAGUUCCUGAAGUAAAAAACCUUCUCCAGGAAAUCAAUUCCACAUCAUUGGCAAAUGAUGAGGACAAAGGAAUAACAGAAGUGAUGAAAAAGUUUGACAUCGAUAAUAAUGGAAAAAUUAAUAAAGAUGAAUUUGUGAAUGGCUUCACAAAAUGGGUUGAUGAGUACAAAAUACUGCAUAAAGAGAAUACUGAAAGAUCGCUGGAGGACAUGUAUCAGGUCUUUCAACCUUGGAUUGAAAAUAGAAGAAAAGAACGUGAAAUCAAGAAGAAUUUGAUGUCAGAAGUAUUAAGACAAGUCCAAAGCAAUUCCCUUGGAGCGAUUCUUACAGAGAAUGGCAUGCCUCAUAUGGACAAUAUUAGACGCUUGUUUGAACAGAUUGAUCGAGAUGGAAACAAUAAUAUUUCAGAAACAGAACUAAGAGAACUGAUCAUGAACAUCAAGUCUGGUAACAUUCCACUCGAAGUGGAUGAAGCAGUUAACAAGUUGGUAGAAGAACUUGACACAAGUGGAGAUCACAUGAUUAAUGAGGAAGAAUUUGUUAUAGGAUUAACAAAAUGGAUAAAUAUAUCCCAUGGUACCCAAGCUCAGCCGUCAUUAGAGUCGGAGGACGAUCUCUACCAAAGAACUUGGGAUGCUACAGAUAAGCUGGUCGAUGAAGAGACUGAAAGAGGUGGACCUGUUGACAAGUCAUUCUGGAGUUGGUUCAAGGCCAUUUCAUAUAUGGUGUUAGGGUUUCUUGUGCUAGCAGUUCUAGCAGAACCUCUCAUAGAUAAUGUUCAGGACUUCUCCACUGCUGUAGGCAUACCUUCUUUCUUCGUAGCUUUUGUGCUUGUUCCGUUAGCAACCAAUGCUAGACAAGCAGCUUCAGCCAUUAGUGCAGCAAGUCGCCAAACACCAAGAACCACUGAUUUGACAUUUUCGGAGAUCUAUGGUGGGGUUUUUAUGAACAAUGUGCUGGGAUUUUCUGUGCUUCUGACCAUAAUUUAUGCUCGCGAAAUGACAUGGGAAUUCUCUGCAGAAGUAUUAGUAGUUCUAAUAGUCUGCCUUGUGGUAGGUCUCAUUGCAAGUUUGAAAUCAACCUUUCCUCUGUGGACGGCAAUAGCUGCCUUCUUGCUCUAUCCACUAUCCUUGCUUCUAGUCUAUAUUCUCAAUGAUGUCAUCGGAUAUACCUAAAUAAUGAUACCUCUAAAGUGAAGAAGUUUUAUUUUUGGUACUUAGUAGCCACAUUUGGCUACAAUUCUGCCAUUAUUUUUUGUAAGAUUAGAUUUAAUACAUAAAGUGAUUCAAUAUAGUACCAUUCUCAUA